AUGUCGAUUUGUUCUGUCAACGCCGUGUACCUUAACGCCCUCGCGAAGAACCCACUCCUCACCAAGGCCAUCACUGCCGGAAUCUUAAAUGGUCUCAACGAACUCAUCGCAUCGGCCGUCUCCAAAGACUAUUCGUCGUUUGCUCUCAAGCCAAACUCCAAAAUCAUCCAAAUGAUCUUCUACGGAUCGUGCAUCCUAACUCCAGUUUCCCACAAUCUCUACGGAGUGCUCACACGGAUCUUCGGCAACGCCGGUGGUAAGAACUUGACUCCGGUGCUAAAGGCUCUUCAGAUCAUCACCAGUCUCGUGACCAUCACUCCAAUUUUGUCGGGGAUUUUCACCAGCUGGAUCUCCAUCAUCAACAACUAUAAGCCCGACACUGACAUGGCUGCCAUGGUGCUGUCGUCUCCCAAGAAGGUUGUGGUGCAGUUGAAGCACGAGAUUUUGAAGGUGAAAAACAUCGUGCAAAAAGGCCUUAGCCAGAACUAUCCUCGUAUUCUUCGUGGGUCUUUGGUCACCAACUUGAUGUGUUUGAUGGUGGCACAGAACUUGUUGAGCCCAGAGUUGUGGGUGGUUUUCUUCAAUGCCGUGUACUUUGUGUUGAAUACCUAUCAGAACACCCGAAUCAAGAUCCAGAAAAAGAAGGAAGUAAGCCGGGCUCAGGCUGAGCAGGCGCACACAAAGCCGAAGGUGAACUAG